AUGUCCUCUCUUACCAUUAAUAAGACUGAUAGCAUCAGCGUCUGCGACGACGUUAUCUUCCUUGAGAUUGAUGGUGUUCUUCCCAAUUGGAAGAACUAUUGCAUCAAAUUAAACAUCGAGACACCGGGAGUCAAAACCCUCGUUUUCCGCCUGCAUGAUGGUGCAGAUCCAAAUCCGAGCACAAGCGACUUAGAAACCAGGCAUGAAUCAGAGGCUGAAGAAGCAGAUGUAGGGAUUAAGGUCAAGAAAGUGGAGGGGAAGAUCAAGUUCGAAGAAGAUGUCCCAGCAAUUAAGGAGGAGGAUGCUCUCAGUGAUUUGGAUCAGCUUGAGAUGUCAUGUGCAUUGGGCACUGCAACACCAUGUAUUCAUCUGUCUCAAAUCACUGGGAACCCAGAUCCCGCUACCAGGCAGAUCCUCCUUGAUCAAUUUCGCCCUUGGCGUCAUAUCGUUAGGCCAUUCAGUGCAUCAGAUAUCCCCAGGAGGCUGGCGCAGAUUGAAAGACGCAAGACAAAGAUGUUUGACUUUGAUUUUUAA